CACGACAAAGAGGGAGCAGCAGUUCUAAUUGAAUACACCACAAUUAACACCAUGGAAUGGAAGCGUUCCUUCACGGAGUAUGAUAGCAAAGGUUUUGAGCUUUGGAAAGACUACAUGGGUCUGUCUGAUGUAGUCCGAGAAGCCCAAGUUUCGAAAACCUCCAUUCAGUCCUCUGUGGCCGCUGGUCCACAUUCGAAAUAUGGCGAUGGCACGAGUUUGGGUUCCCUGCGCGUUAACGCACUCGCAGGUAAACGCGACUUUGAAACCAGUGUUCCAUCUGAUCGUGUUGGAUUUAUAAACAGAGGGUUCUCCAUUGGACAGCCACCCGACAGCCAGCGGGAGCUCUUGAUUGAUUCUGUCCUUCUGCCAAAAGAAGUUUGUUUGGGAGGAAUAACAGGUGCGCUACAGCACUGGAGGAAGAUGGCGCGUCAUCAGAAAUCCAAGCUUCCAUCUCUGGAGGUUGCAACCAUGAGGUGCAGCUUUUGUAAACAUAACGGAGAGACCGAAAUGAUCUACAAAUCUCACUGGCUGAAAAAUCUCGCUGGAGAAGUUUUGUGCCCGUAUUUGCGCAGGUAUGUGUGUCCGCUGUGUGGUGCCACUGGUGCCCAUGCCCACACCAAGCGGUUCUGCCCAAAGGUUGACCCCACGUACAUGUCGGUUUACAUCCGUCCAGACGAUGAAGUCCAACUUGGCCGGUUUCGCCCAACUGAAUCACAGAAAUUUGACAUCUAUCAAUGACUGUGAACUCGUUCAACACGUGUGUGCAUUCGUGUGCUUUUUGUUUG